CGAUGGACGCUUCCUUGUUGCUGUAUCGAGAGAAACGUGGGAAUGUGGGCGCUGCUUCGAAGGUGUAUACACAGGAGCUUAUGGUUUCAGACUCGGAGACGACUGGACAGGACGCUGCCGAGAAGGAGAUGAGACCGAUGGAAUCCGCCUCGCGUCCCCAUCGGGUCGCCGGUCCAAUAAAAGUCACCCCAACCAGCAACAGUCCCAUCUCUCAUGGCAUGGCACAGACCCAAAUUUCUGGCACAGAUGGCAGUGGCGGUCCACCAUUGCCAGAUACCGCUCUCGGUACCUUCCACGUACCCAACCACUCUAUGUACCCAGAUGAUGUCUGGGACUUUGCUUCAGAUCUUAUCGAGCAGUCUACAAUGACAGCCUUGGAAAAUGCAGGCCGACUGAAUUGGUGGACGCGUGUUGGCGCCAGUUGCCAGAGACUGUUGCCUCUGGUCACAAGGGGAGAUGGAAAUUGCCUUCUACAUGCAGCCUCAAUGAGCAUAUGGGGCAUCCAAGACAGGGACUUGACACUGAGGAAAUCCCUGCAUGCACAGAUGGACCAUGGCCUGAAGAGAGAGGCACUGAGGCGCCGCUGGAGAUGGCAGCAAACGCAACAGAACAGAGAAUUGGGCUUGUUGCUCACAGAGGAGGAGUGGCAGAAGGAGUGGAAUGAGCUGCUGAAGCUAGCGUCCAGUGAGCCCAAGAUGCAGCACAGUGGCAGCUAUGACAGCAUGCAGGCUGAGGUGAAGUCUUCAGAGAUGCCAAUUUAUGAGAGUUUGGAGGAGUUUCAUGUGUUUGUCCUGGCUCAUGUAAUGCGGAGGCCCAUUAUAGUUGUGGCUGACACCAUGUUAAAGGAUUCUGAAGGGGAGGCUUUUGCCCCCAUCUCAUUUGGGGGAAUUUACCUGCCAUUGGAAGUGCCUGCUAUCGAAUGCCAAAGUACACCCCUUGUGCUGGCUUAUGACAACGGCCACUUUUCUGCCCUGGCUUUCAUUGAGCAGAAGGACAGCUUCCAAAGACAUGCUGCUAUUCCCUUAACGGACUCAGAGUACAAUCUGCUGCCCAUUCAUUUUGCCGUGGACCCUGGUGAAGAAUGGGAGUGGGACAAGGACAAUGAGAAACACUUGACACUAGAAAGUGUGACCCUGUCCAUGGAAGCAAAGCUACAGCUGUUACACAGCUACUUGAAUGUUAUUUGGCUGCCUCUGUCACAUCACUGGCAGCAAACCUCAAUGACCACAGCUGAGCAAACAGCUCCCACUGGAGACAAAGACCAUAAAUCCAUAGACUCCAAGUUGGAUGCAGAAUCUGUUUGCAGCACUUGCAGUGGACACUUGGAAGUUGGUAAAGGGGAUGGAGGUGCUGAAGCCAGUGAGAGUGAAAAAACCAAUGUAGGCUCCCAUUCUCUGGGCUUUCCAAGGACUGGGCCACAUUGUAAAAAGGGUAAGCAGAUGAGACAAGUCAACUUGGUCACUGACAAAUUAGGAGGCUUCAGGAGGAGUCUGAGCAGCAAAAUACUGAACAUGGGUGGAUUGAUGAAGACAGUGGGAGGGAUCAGGAGCAGGGAUAAAUCUGAGGAGAAAUCUGAGAAGGAAAAUAAUUGCUCACUAAAAGGGGACAAAGGUGAUGGUAGGGAACCUGAGAUCUCUGGACAUCUCUCAUCACCUUCAUGCUGUGAACACAACACUGAGAUGUAUCCCAGCGAAGACGGGAACGUCAUCAAGCUGAGUUUGGGCAUCCUCCAAGCUGCUAUGAAGGGUGACAGGAGCUUCAUUUUUGCUGCACUGCUUUCCACCUACAGUCAUCAGCCUUACCAGGAGGGAAUGAUCCAACAGUACAUGGCAGCUAAGGAGAGCUUGGAGGUGGAACAAGAACCAUGGCAGAACAGAAAGCAAAAAGAGGCAUCAAGUGAGAUACAGGUGAGAAAGGAUACCGCAAAGCUUGACUUCUCCUACAUGCCAAAAGACAGUUCUACCAACUGCUCAUCUUCAUUUGAUCCCCAUGUGUUGAACAGCAUUUAUCCUUCUACCCAUUCUAGUAUCGUCCCAUUUUCCCAGCUCUCCCUCAUGCCUUUCGUUCAUACCAGUCUUAUGGUAACGCGUAAGCUGUUGGCAGGCAGCUUCUCUUCUUUUUGCUUUGGUGUACCAUCCAGUGCUACCUUCUCCCAGUACUUCCCUCCCACACAAGAUCUUCCUCAGAUUCAGCACUGCAUCUCAGAUGAAGAUUCUUCCAAUUGUCCAUCAGAGCCAAUUCAGGAGGCUGAUGCCAGAGGCAGCCAUAGCAGUAGUUGUCAGGAGACCCCAUGGGACAAUCAGAGCAGUCAACCUCCCAUGAGUCACAGCUCCCUGGACAGCAAAGCUGACAUAGCUGGCUCACAGCCCAGAAAAUGCAGAGUGACCAGCUGCAACUUUUAUGGGCAUCCAGAGACCAAAAAUUACUGUUCUUGCUGCUACCGGGAGGAGCUCAAGAGAAGUGACAUGGAGCAAGACUUUCACAGCUCCUGAGUAAAUAUUGCAGUUUGAAAUGGUGGUAUAUGCAAAUUGUGAGGAUUGCAUUCCUUUGAUUCUGCUAUACCAAGUAGAAGUACUUGUGUGGAAUUUCUGACUUUUAAUACUUUUUUCAUUGAUUAAGGGAAGAUUUUUUUUUUUUUUUUGA